GUAGGAUUACACAUGACUGUCUCAGCACAAAGCUGCUUGUCUAAUGUAGAAUAUUUAUGACAUUCAGCACAAAACUGCUUGUCUGAAGUAUUACUCAUGAAUGUUUCAGCACAUACCUGGUUGUUUUAUGUAGGAUUACACAUAACUGUCUCAGCACAAAGCUGCUUGUCUAAUGUAGAAUAUUUAUGACAUUCAGCACAAAACUGCUUGUCUGAAGUAUUACUCAUGACUGUUUCAGCACAUACCUGGUUGUUUUAUGUAGGAUUUCACAUGACUGUCUCAGCACAAAGCUGCUUGUCUAAUGUAGAAUAUUUAUGACAUUUAGCACAUACCUGGUUGUUUUAUGUAGGAUUACACAUGACUGUCUCAGCACAAAGCUAUUUGUCUAAUGUAGAAUAUUUGAUAUUCAGCACAAACCUGCUUGUCUGAAGUAUUACUCAUGACUGUUUCAGCACAUACCUGGUUGUUAGGUGAAGUAUUACUCAUUAUUUUCAGCACAAACCUGCUUGUCUGAUGUAGGAUUACUCAAUGUGAUUUCAGCACAAACCUGGUUGUUUGAUGAAGUAUUACUCAUGACUGUUUCAGCAGAUUGAUCACCAGCGAAGCCACAUCUCUAAUGCUUGACCUAACAAUGGAAAGAAGAAUUGCAAGGAAUUUCUAUAAUAAGGCCAAGCAGUUGAUCCCAGAAGAUGGUGAGAGAGAGCAGAUGUUUAAUAUCCUCAGAGCUUACCAACAGAGCCUGGACUUGGGCCGCUUGUUGGACCAGCUGAAGGAGAUCAUUAAUGAACCGGUCAGAUUGGAACUGUUUGAUGCCAUCAGACCGCUGAUCCCACUGAAGCACCAGUUGGACUAUGACAGACUGGCUCCAAAUGUGCCUGAAUCUAGGCUGAGAAUCAUAAGGCUGCAGAGGUGGAACAAUGAAAGUCUGGGCUUCGCUGUCAGGGGAGGCUUUGAACAUGGUGUAGGAAUAUACGUGUCGGAGGUAGAUCCAGAUUCCCAGGCUUAUCAUUAUGGUUUGAGGGUUGGGGACGAGGUUGUCAGAGUGAAUGGGUUCACAAUUGACCAAGCUAUCCAUGAAGAAGUGCUGAACCUUAUCAAGGCAAAACCAGAAAUUGUCCUUAAAGUCAGAACUGUUGGUAUGCUUCCUGUCAGAGAAUAUGUUACUGAUACUGUCUCAUGGAAGUAUGUGGAGAAACCAGACAAGUCCAACCACUCAAUGUCCUGGCAGGUGACAGAGAAGGCAGGACAUAGGAGGAGUCCUGUUCGUUACUCCAAACUUUAUGUCAACUUGAGAGGAGUGAAUGGCCUUGGCUGCAGUAUUAGUAGUGGUCCUGUGGACUUCCCAGGGGUAUUCAUCAAGUCUGUAAAACCUGGGAGCCUAGCAGAAGAGGCGGGCCUAGGAGUGGGAGACCAACUCAUAGAUGUCAACGGAACAAGCUUUUUAAAUAUCACACAUUCAGAGGCUGUGGUUGCCCUGAAAUCAUCCAGUGAACUGUAUAUAACCUUGCACAAAGGGGCGGGAAGAGAACUUUUAAAAAUGGAUGAACAUCCCCAUUCUGCUCAGCAAGCAGCUGAGGAGGAGAAACUUCGACAGUUUAUGAAUCAGGAAAAGGAAGAGAAAGAGAGCGGUGAUAUUUUACGGAAGAUUUUAGAGGAGGAAGCUGCUCGUAAAGCAGAGAAGAGACAAAGAGAGGCUGAAGACUUGCAGAGGCGUCGACAGCAAGCUGAGAAAGAAGAGCAUGAAAAGAGAGAAGCUGAGGAGAGGGAACGGCGAGACGAAGAGAGGCGUCGACGGGAGAGAGAGGAGCAAAGAAGGAUGCAAGAACGUCUGAGGGAAGAGGCACAGCGCAAAUCACGUGAGAUACAAGAACAACGAGAACAGGAAAAGCUGGCUAUAGAGCUGCAGAAAAAAGAGGAGCGACAAGAAAAGAAACGACGACGAAUGGAAAAAGAAAAACUUCAUUUGCAGAAAGUUGGAGAACAAAGCAAUGAAAAAGUCAAACAAGAACGCCAGUUGCGUUUGGAGCGUCAGCUCCAAGAUAAAGAGGAAAUAUUACGCGAGGAAAAGAGGACUGGAACCCAGGCACCCGUGCGCAUAUGGCGUCCUGUAGACGAUGUCUACAUGCCCAGUGGCAUUGGUGAUGACCUUGGCUCAGAUGUUGAAGAGAGUUAUUUCCAUCAGUGUGAGGAGUUCUCUCCAGAGCCUUGGGUACCUGACAUCAGAGUGACCACUCCAUCCAAUCUGAAGUCCUCGAGCAGUAACCACUGGGAGAAGUCAUUGUCAGGACCAGCUUUUGACCACAGGCCUUUGUUUAUUGAGGAGGCUAGCCCACAGGAUGACAGCUCGGGUGAUCUUAACUUUGAUCCCAAGAAAUUUUUCAACCCAAUGGAAAUUGAUGGAAGGCAAAUAAAUUUGGUAAAAAUCAAGCGGGAAGGCUCCCUGGAUAUUGACAUAGAGGGAGGGAUGGGGACACCUUUGGGAGGCAGGAUUAUUAUUUCAGAGGUGUAUCCAGGUGGUUCUGUCUUUAAGCAAGGAGGUGUCCAUAAGGGGGACCAGUUGAUGAUGGUGGAUGGAAUCAGACUGACAGACGUUACCCUGACAGAGGCUCAGAGUAUACUGGACCGAGUGACCAGCAGGACUGGGUCUUAUAUCAAGAUUGUGGUUGCUAAAGCUCCGCCGAAGAACUAUGAAGAUGAAGUUACCUAUUUCUAAUUUGGAUGAUAUCAUGUCAGGACAAGGGUCCACCGCAAGACGCAAGGUGUCCAUGAGAGAACCUCUGGAAGAAACCAUUCCUAUCACUCUUAUAUGAAGCUAUCCAUCUGCCAAAUGUCUCAAGAAACUCCCACCUAAUGCUGCUAAUCAAAAUCCCAUCUACCUAUGUUAACCAGAAGCUGUGGAUAAUUUGAUAAUACCUGUGCAAUAACAAAAUUGGAUAUUAUUUAGUACUAGAUAUACCAGAAAUCUGACUUUUAUGAUGCAUGUGUGGAGCACACGAGGGCAACUCAGAUACCAGAGGAAACAUGACAACCUGGCAUAAUAAGCCAUUGUCAUAUGAACAAUCUGUUGGACCUCUGACAGCUGCUGACAAAUACAUGUAUGCCCUAUUUUCUACAUACUUUAACAGAAAUAAUUAGUUUGAAACGACUUUGGUAUCUGUAUGAAAUUUUUUCUUUUCGGUGCCCAACUUAGUUCUUUAUAAUACAUCUGUGUAGACAGUGAACUGUAUAGAAUGUCAAAAUAUACAUCAUAACAUGUGUGAAGAUAAAACCAAAGAAAAAGAUUGGCUGCAUGAGAGUCAAAAUUCAAAUCACUGUUCAGUCCACAUGGUUAUCAUGACACUACUGAUUUUGUGGCAGUUAAGAUGUACAUCAGCAUUUUGUGUAUCCUCCUCCAGGGUAUAUUUUAAUCUGUCUCAAAUUUUCCCAAGUUGAAUACAAGAAUCACGUAGGAUCAUAUUUUAGAUUUAACUAGUUUGAAUAAAACACCCUGAUGUUUACACUACAUUUAUUGACAAAUAUUUAUUUAUACAUACAUGUAUUACCCAGAAGUGCUAAGCAGACUGAUGUUUGAUUAUUUUACACCAGACAUUCCCCAUUGUACAUGUAAUCUACACAACAGUAGCCCUAUACAUCUUGUUAGGAGAAACUCACUGUACAUGUAGUACUUAUUGCAAUGUUAUUUCUCAUAUGCGUGGAGAAAUAGAGGUGAACGUUUAUUUCUCUGAUCAACAUAAAUCACUUUCAGAACAUUCCAUUUUGAUACAUCUGAGCUUAAGAUCUAUUAAAAUCCCACUUUACAUAGAAGUUUUCAUUGCUUAUACAUUUUGGAGCUAUCAAGUACCUUGGUGGAUUCUUCAUGUCCAUGUAUAGUAAAGCUAAUGUAGACAAAACAUGUCUGUUGUAAGUUUGUGAAUUAUACACUAUGUUUUGAAAGUUUCAUUUACAGAACUGAACAUAUAUAUUUUGGAUUAUCUGAUAUAAGGUCUUCUUAAUGUUUCAGGUUCAAGGAGUACUAGUAGCCUGUUGUAAAGGUAUACACAAAACCUUUUGAAUAAUUUCGCACAUAGAUUGCUCUUACCGAGUCCUAAGUGGUGUGAAUUCUUUGUAUGAGCCUAACAGAAAACAAAUAUGAAAGUUCUGAAAACCUUAGAUCUCAAAGUUAACAUUGUGAUUCACUGAGUGAAGUAUUAAUAAAUUGCAUGUAUCUUUAGUUUAAUUCAGGAGUACUUAACCGAGACACCUGUCAGACAAGCAUAAUCUAGAAUAUACUUUAUUUCACAUACACGCCUUUUUUUAUGUUUACUUUAUGUGCUAAGUUUCUUGUAAUAAGAAUGCACAACCUAUAAUAUCUGUCUCUCAUAUUGUUACCAGUUAUGCCAGUGACUAGCAUGAACAAGCAUGAAAUGGACGUAUGGCAAAAUCAUACUUAAGAGCAAGAUUUGCCUGUUAGCAGAUAGACAGAUAGUCUCAUGUCAACUGCAAACAGGAGCGGUUUACCGUAGGCGCUGGUUAUGUCACUCGUCAUGUUUUGAGCAGUUUUUAUUAAUAUGAUCGUGGUCUGCUUUACGAGGGUAGGAAACCAGAGUGUUGUUGGUAAACGACUAACAUCUGGCAAGUUGCUGACAAAGUUCCCCAUUGUGAUGGGUUAGCGUGCUAGCACAGCGUUAUGACCCAGGAGUCUCUCACCAAUCCGGUCACUGUGAGUUCAAGUCGAGCUCAUGCUGGCUUCCUCUCCGGCCGUAAGCGGGAAGGUCUGCCAGUAACCUAUGGAUGGUCGUGGGUUUCCCCCGGGCUCUGCCCAGUUUCCACCCACCAUAAUGCUGGCCGCCGUCGUAUAAGUGAAAUAUUCUUGAGUACAGCGUAAAACACCAAUCAAAUAAAUAAAAUAAAUAAAUCCCCAUUGUGAUGUAGAGAACUGCACCCACAUGGGUGGCAGACAACUUGUCUUUUCGGAAAGGAAGACUGAAUAAACGGCUCUACACCUUGAUCUCUCGGCGAAGGCUCACUCCCAAAAUGGCUGUGAAUUUUAUGAAAUGCAAAGGGUAAACCACUCUGGCAAGUUACACACUUUCCCAUGUACAUGACAGAGACUUACAACCCCACUGGUGGAAGACGAGCCUUCAGUGAACAUAAUACUCUACAAACAUUCAAAUGAGUGCCUCCAGAGAGUUGGAAUCUACAGAUUCACUGUCCAACGGCAAGAUUGAUCCUGAACCUGGUAUGCAAGUCAUUCAUCUUACUCACAGAGCUACAUCCUACUCCCACAAAUGUAAAUUUUUUUUCAUGUAUACUGAUUAGUAGCCUAUAAAAAUACCGAUGAGAUUAGUAAUCAGUGUUCUGUAGAAAUUCUCAUUCAGUGAUUUAAAGAAUUUCUACAUUUUCAGUGAUUCUUGUACAUUUGGGGAUUAAUGUUACUGUAAACAUUGUAGUUAUGUUGCUCCAAGAUAGGUCUCAAUGCUAUGGUAUAGAGCUCGUUGGCUAACAGCAAUGCCAGACUUCACAACUCAUCAUGUGACAACGCAUAACAUUGCCUUUUGAUAAAUGUUGAAGGCCACAAAGAAUUUUUUGGGCAAAACAUCGAGGGUGACUCGUAUAAACAUUUCACUCGUAUAAUACCUCUCCAGUUUGCAGACAGGAACACUCCACUCUGCAGGUCCUUUUCAAACCUUCAGUGUUCUCUCUCAACAGGAGCUGAAUUUGAAGCUUGUUUGUCCUUCAAUGCGUGGCACAUAUACCCUAUAUAGAUACCUUUAGGUUUCUUAUUGGUGUUUUCACCUUGAAUCUUUCAAUGAAUUGUCCUGUUGACAGCCCAGAAUUUGAAAAGGGACAAAACAGAUGAAAUACAUGUACCCUAAAUCCUCAACAAAUUCAACCACAGACAUAGUGCAUGUAUUGGCAUACUAGAUGAAUGUUCUCUAAACUGAACAAGUUAUUUUAGAAUUUUUGUGAAAUUCAUUUGCUCCCCUACCUGAAGAAUACCUUUUAGUCUUCAAAAUGUUAUGAAUUAUGUUUUAAAAUCGGGUCUAAAGUUUUACCGUUCAUACUCGUCGAAUUUACCAGUAUUGAGCAUUUAGGGUAUUUACAUUUUUCCACUGAAUAUGUUUAUAACUGCAAGGGUCCUUUUUGAAUUUUUAAUGACCACCUGAAAAAGUAUACUCUCCUGAAGAACAAUGAAUACUGGGGACUCUCAAAAAUUUCUCUCUCUGAAGCCGAGAUUGAACCA